UUAUUCCAGAAACGAAACCCCAAUAAAGUGAUAGAAUAGAAAAAAAAGUUCAAUAAAAAAUGAAGUCAUUAUUAACUGUCUUGAAAAAAUCUAUAAAAGAUUCUCCAUUUAACAAUAAAAUCUCAGAAAACAGUUGGCCAUGAAAGGAAUAGCAGUUCUGGGAUUACUAGCAGUUGGUGUGGCAUUUGUGAAUGCUUACGGCAUUGGCAUAGGGGCGAAUUUGGGAGGAGGCUCUAAUAGUCAUGCUGGAAUUGGCUUAGGAUCAGGUGCAUCCGAAGCAUCUGCUGGCAUUGGUCUUGGUGGUUUGCAACUUGGCAUCGGUGCCAAUGUAGGCAAUAAAGGAGGUUAUGGUGGAACUAGAGGUGGCAGCCAUGGUGUAUCAGCUGGGAUCGGUGGACUUGGUUUGGAAAUUGGAGCUGGAAAUAAUGGAAAAGGCAGCUAUGGUGGUGGUACAGUUGGCGCUGGUGCUCAUGGUGGUGGUAAAGGUAGUUAUGGUGGAUCUGGAGGUAUAGGUCUUGGUGGUUUAGAACUAGGAGGACACAGCGGAAGUGAAGCUGGCAGUCUCGCAAAUGCAGAUAUUGGUAUUUCAUCUACGGAUGCUGAUGUAUCAGCAGGAAUUGGUGGAUUUGGAGUAGCAAUAGGGGCAGGAAGUGGUGAAAAAGGCGGCUAUGGUGGCGGUGCUCAUGGUGGCAGCAAAGGCAGCUAUGGCAGUAAGGGUAGCUCUGGCACAUCAUCCGCUGCAGCCGGUCACAGUGCUCAUGGUGGCGGUAAAGGUAGUCAUGGUGGAUUUGGAGCAUCUGGCGGCAUCGGUCUUGGUGGUUUGGAACUUGGCGCGCACAGUGGAAGUGAAGCUGGCAGUCACACAACUGCAGGUUCCGGCGCAGCGAUUGGUGUUUCGUCUUCGGCGGCUGGUGUAUCAGCUGAGAUUGGUGGACUUGGAGUAGGAAUCGGAGCUGGGAGUGGUGGAAGAAGCGGCUAUGGUGGCGGUGCUCAUGGUGGCAGUAAAGGCAGUAAGGGUAGCUCUGGCACAUCAUCCGCUGCGGCCGGUUACAGUGCUCAUGGUGGCGGUAAAGGUAGUCAUGGAGGAUUUGAAGCCUCCGGCGGCAUCGGUCUUGGUGGUUUGGAUCUUGGCGUGCAUAGUGGAAGUGAAGCUGGCAGUCACACAACUGCAGGUUCUGGCGCAGCAAUCGGUGUUUCGUCAUCGGCGGCUGGUGUAUCAACUGAGAUUGGUGGACUUGGAGUAGGAAUCGGAGCUGGAAGUGGUGGAAAAGUUGGCUACGGUGGCGGUGCUCAUGGUGGCAGCAAAGGCAGCUAUGGCGGUAAGGGUAACUCUGGCACAUCAUCCGCUGCAGCCGGUCACAGCGCUCAUGGUGGCAGUAAAGGUAGUCAUGGUGGAUUUGGAGCCUCUGGCGGCAUCGGUCUUGGUGGUUUGGAACUUGGCGGACAUAGCGGAAGUGAAGCUGGCAGUCACGUAAAAGUGGGUUCUGGCGCAGGGAUCGGUGUUUCGUCAUCGGCGGCUGGUGUAUCAGCUGAGAUUGGUGGACUUGGAGUUGGAAUCGGAGCUGGAAGUGGUGGAAAAGGCAGCUAUGGUGGCGGUAAAGGUAGCUCCGGUAUAUCAGCUUCAGGAGUUUCAGCUGGAGUCGGCCUUGGUGCUAGUGUUGGCAGCAAAGGCAGCUAUGGCGGUAAAGGUAGCUCUGGCACAACAUCCGCUGCAGCCGGUCACAGCGCUCAUGGCGGCGGUAAAGGUAGUCAUGGUGGAUCUGGAGCAUCUGGCGGCAUCGGUCUUGGUGGUUUGGAACUUGGCGCGCAUAGUGGAAGUGAAGCUGGCAGUCACACAGCUGCAAGUUCUGGCGCAGCAAUCGGUGUUUCGUCUUCGGCGGCUGGUGUAUCAGCUGACAUUGGUGGACUUGGAGUAGGAAUCGGAGCUGGAAGUGGCGGAAAAGGCAGCUAUGGUGGCGGUAAAGGUAGCUCCGGUACAUCAGCUUCAGAAGAUUCAGCUGGAGUUGGCCUUGGUGCUAGUGUUGGCAGCAAAGGCAACUAUGGCGGUAAGGGUAACUCUGGCACAUCAUCCUCUGCAGCCGGUCACAGCGCUCAUGGUGGCAGUAAAGGUAGUCAUAGUGGAUUUGGAGCAUCUGGCGGCAUCGGUCUUGGUGGUUUGGAACUUGGCGCGCAUAGUGGAAGUGAAGCUGGCAGUCACACAGCUGCAGGUUCUGGCGCAGCAAUCGGUGUUUCGUCUUCGGCGGCUGGUGUAUCAGCAGACAUUGGUGGACUUGGAGUAGGAAUCGGAGCUGGAAGUGGCGGAAAAGGCAGCUAUGGCGGUAAAGGUAGCUCCGGUAUAUCAGCUUCAGGAGCUUCAGCUGGUGUCGGCCUUGGUGCUAGUGUUGGCAGCAAAGGCAGCUAUGGCGGUAAAGGUAGCUCUGGCACAUCAUCCGCUGCAGGCGGUCACAGCGCUCAUAGCGGCAAUAAAGGUAGUCAUGGUGGAUUUGGAGCAUCUGGCGGCAUCGGUCUUGGUGGUUUGGAACUUGGCGGGCACAGCGGAAGUGAAGCUGGCAGUCACGCAACAGUAGGUUCUGGGGCAGGGAUCGGUGUUUCGUCAUCGGCGGCUGGUGUAUCAGCAGACAUUGGUGGACUUGGAGUAGGAAUCGGAGAUGGAAGUGGUGGAAAAGUUGGCUACGGUGGCGGUGCUCAUGGUGGCAGCAAAGGCAGCUAUGGCGGUAAGGGUAACUCUGGCACAUCAUUCGCUGCAGCCGGUCAUAGCGCUCAUGGCGGCGGUAAAGGUAGUCAUGGUGGAUCUGGAGCAUCUGGCGGCAUCGGUCUUGGUGGUUUGGAACUUGGUGCGCAUAGUGGAAGUGAAGCUGGUAGUCACACAGCUGCAGGUUCUGGCGCAGCAAUCGGUGUUUCGUCUUCGGCGGCUGGUGUAUCAGCAGACAUUGGUGGACUUGGAGUAGGAAUCGGAGCUGGAAGUGGCGGAAAAGGCAGCUAUGGCGGUAAAGGUAGCUCCGGUAUAUCAGCUUCAGGAGCUUCAGCUGGUGUCGGCCUUGGUGCUAGUGUUGGCAGCAAAGGCAGCUAUGGCGGUAAAGGUAGCUCUGGCACAUCAUCCGCUGCAGGCGGUCACAGCGCUCAUGGCGGCAAUAAAGGUAGUCAUGGUGGAUUUGGAGCAUCUGGCGGCAUCGGUCUUGGUGGUUUGGAACUUGGCGGGCACAGCGGAAGUGAAGCUGGCAGUCACGCAACAGUAGGUUCUGGGGCAGGGAUCGGUGUUUCGUCAUCGGCGGCUGGUGUAUCAGCUGAGGUUGGUGGACUUGGAGUAGGAAUCGGAGAUGGAAGUGGUGGAAAAGGCAGCUAUGGUGGCGGUAAAGGUAGCUCAGGUACAUCAGCUUCAGCUGGAGUUGGCCUUGGUGCUAGUGUCGGCAGCAAAGGCAGCUAUGGCAGUAAAGGUAGCUCUGGCACAUCAUUCGCUGCAGCCGGUCAUAGCGCUCAUGGCGGCGGUAAAGGUAGUCAUGGUGGAUCUGGAGCAUCUGGCGGCAUCGGUCUUGGUGGUUUGGAACUUGGUGCGCAUAGUGGAAGUGAAGCUGGUAGUCACACAGCUGCAGGUUCUGGCGCAGCAAUCGGUGUUUCGUCUUCGGCGGCUGGUGUAUCAGCAGAUAUUGGUGGACUUGGAGUAGGAAUCGGAGCUGGAAGUGGCGGAAAAGGCAGCUAUGGCGGUAAAGGUAGCUCCGGUAUAUCAGCUUCAGGAGCUUCAGCUGGUGUCGGCCUUGGUGCUAGUGUUGGCAGCAAAGGCAGCUAUGGCGGUAAAGGUAGCUCUGGCACAUCAUCCGCUGCAGGCGGUCACAGCGCUCAUGGCGGCAAUAAAGGUAGUCAUGGUGGAUUUGGAGCAUCUGGCGGCAUCGGUCUUGGUGGUUUGGAACUUGGCGGGCACAGCGGAAGUGAAGCUGGCAGUCACGCAACAGUAGGUUCUGGGGCAGGGAUCGGUGUUUCGUCAUCGGCGGCUGGUGUAUCAGCUGAGGUUGGUGGACUUGGUGUAGGAAUCGGAGAUGGAAGUGGUGGAAAAGGCAGCUAUGGUGGCGGUAAAGGUAGCUCAGGUACAUCAGCUUCAGCUGGAGUUGGCCUUGGUGCUAGUGUCGGCAGCAAAGGCAGCUAUGGCAGUAAAGGUAGCUCUGGCACAUCAUUCGCUGCAGCCGGUCAUAGCGCUCAUGGCGGCGGUAAAGGUAGUCAUGGUGGAUCUGGAGCAUCUGGCGGCAUCGGUCUUGGUGGUUUGGAACUUGGUGCGCAUAGUGGAAGUGAAGCUGGUAGUCACACAGCUGCAGGUUCUGGCGCAGCAGUCGGUGUUUCGUCUUCGGCGGCUGGUGUAUCAGCAGAUAUUGGUGGACUUGGAGUAGGAAUCGGAGCUGGAAGUGGCGGAAAAGGCAGCUAUGGCGGUAAAGGUAGCUCCGGUAUAUCAGCUUCAGGAGCUUCAGCUGGUGUCGGCCUUGGUGCUAGUGUUGGCAGCAAAGGCAGCUAUGGCGGUAAAGGUAGCUCUGGCACAUCAUCCGCUGCAGGCGGUCACAGCGCUCAUGGCGGCAAUAAAGGUAGUCAUGGUGGAUUUGGAGCAUCUGGCGGCAUCGGUCUUGGUGGUUUGGAACUUGGCGGGCACAGCGGAAGUGAAGCUGGCAGUCACGCAACAGUAGGUUCUGGGGCCGGGAUCGGUGUUUCGUCAUCGGCGACUGGUGUAUCAGCUGAGGUUGGUGGACUUGGAGUAGGAAUCAGAGCUGGAAGUGGUGGAAAAGGCGGCUAUGGUGGCGGUAAAGGUAGCUCCGGUAUAACAGCUUCAGGAGCUUCAGCUAGUGUCGGCCUUGGUGCUAGUGUUGGCAGCAAAGGCAGCUAUGGCAGUAAAGGUAGCUCUGGCACAUCAUUCGCUGCAGGCGGUCACAGCGCUCAUGGUGGCGGUAAAGGUAGUCAUGGUGGAUUUGGAGCAUCUGGCGGCAUCGGUCUUGGUGGUUUGGAACUUGGCGGGCAUAGUGGAAGUGAAGCUGGCAGUCACGCAACUGUAGGUUCUGGCGCAGCGAUCGGUGUUUUGUCUUCGGCAUCUGGUGUAUCAACUGAGAUUGGUGGACUUGGAGUUGGAAUUGGAGCAGGAAGUGGUGGAAAAGGCAGCUAUGGUGGCGGUAAAGGGAGCUCCGGCACAUCAGCUUCAACACCUGCAGUUGGAGUUGGCCUCGGUGCUAGUGUUGGCAGCAAAGGCAGCUAUGGUGGUAAGGGUAACUCUGGCACAUCAUCCGCUGCAGCCGGUCACAGCGCUCAUGGUGGCGGUAAAGGUAGUCAUGGUGGAUUUGGAGCAUCUGGCGGCAUCGGUCUUGGUGGUUUGAAACUUGGCGGGCAUAGUGGAAGUGAAGCUGGCAGUCACGCAACUGUAGGUUCUGGCGCAGCGAUCGGUGUUUCGUCUUCGGCAUCUGGUGUAUCAACUGAGAUUGGUGGACUUGGAGUUGGAAUUGGAGCUGGAAGUGGUGGAAAAGGCAGCUAUGGUGGCGGUAAAGGGAGCUCCGGCACAUCAGCUUCAACAGCUGCAGUUGGAGUUGGCCUUGGUGCUAGUGUUGGCAGCAAAGGCAGCUAUGGCGGUAAGGGUAACUCUGGCACAUCAUCCGCUGCAGGCGGUCACAGCGCUCAUGGUGGCAGUAAAGGUAGUCAUGGUGGAUCUGGAGCUGGCAGUCACGCAACAGUAGGUUCUGGCGCAGGGAUCGUUGGUUCGUCCUCAGAAGCUGGUGUAUCAGCUGGGAUUGGUGGACUUGAAAUAGGAAUUGGUGGCACCCAUGGUGGCGGUAAAGGUAAUUCUGGUACAUCAUACGCUGCAACCGGUCAUGGCGCUCAUGGUGGCGGAAAAGGUAGUUACGGUGGAUCGGGAGCAUCUGGAAGCAUUGGGGCCAACAUUGGUAGUAAAGGAAACCGUGGAAGUGGUGGUGCUGGAAUUGGUCUUGGUGCCAAUGUGGGUAGUAAAGGAACCCAUGGAGGAUCUUCUAGUGUCGGUGGCAAGGACACCCAUUAUGGAGGCGUCCAAGGCAGCUUUGCAGGAACGGCUUCUGAGGCUGUGGCAUCGGUUGGUAUUGAUCUUAGUGAUACUGCUACUGGGGGACAUAGCGGCGGCUCAGCUCAUGGGUCAUAUGGAAGCGGUUCUGGCACAGGCCAUGGCGCAAUUUCUGGUAACGGUUCAGGUGUUGGCUCAGGCCAAACAUCUGCUGGAGUUGGUAUUGGUGCAAAUGUUGCCUCCAAAGGCUCCGCAAGUGGAAAUGGAUAUGCCCAUGGAUCAGCUGGCAGUUUUGGCUCUGGUUCAGGCUACGGAAUUGGUCAUGGAAUUAUUUCAGGCUUAGGUCAUGGUUCUAGUUCCGGCAGCGGCUUAGGCUCAGCUCAUGGUUCACAUUUCGAUUCAGGCUCAGUUCAUGGGUCACAUGGAAGUGGUUCAGGUACUGGCCACGGUACAGCUUUCGAUAGUGGUUCAGGAUCAGGCCAUAGUUCAGGCUCCAGUAGUGGAUCUGUCCAUGGUAGCGGAUUGUUGCAUGGCGGUGUUACCAAUGAACAUGGGCAUGAUGAUGGUCAUGAAUUCGGUGGUUCCAGCCAUGGAUACGUACAUAGCUCUGUUUCCACACAAGUUACAGCCUCUGCAACUGCAUCUUCAUCUUCAUCUAGUAGCAGUACUUCAAGUUCGAGCAGCGGAUCGGGUUUCGGUUAUGCCACUACGGGCUCUACCGCCGAAACUGCUUCUGGUCAAGGAUCUGGUUAUGGCAGUGGUCAUGGCCAUAAUACUAUCAGCGGUAAAGGCUCAGGACAUGGUUCCAGCCAAGGCCAUGCAACGGUUGCAAGUCAUGCAACAUCUUCAGCUGCGGCAGACUUUUCCGGUUCCACGCAUGGUUUGGGUGGUUCUUCGGGAGUGGGAUAUGCUGGUUCCAGCAAAGGAAGCUCUUCGGCAAACCAUUAUCAUGGAUCUGGAAUCGGACUCGAACUUGGCCAUGGAGCUAAUUUAGAUCACAAGGAAAACACUGGCUCAGGAUAUAGUCAUGGUAAAGGAUCAGGCUCCGAAAUUCACACUGGUGUUACUCAUGGUUCUGGUUCUGGAAAUGCUGCUGGACACGGCCACGGUGCUGGACAUACUGGGGGUUAUGGAACUUCGCUCGGUAUUGGUUCGUCUGAACUUUCCGGAUCUUUUGGUGGACACUCUGCAGGUUAUGGCGGCAAUUCACACAAUAAAGUUUCUCCAGGAGGCCUUUCAGCCGGACUCUCUUUAGGCGGUUUUGGUGCAUCGGCAAAUUUGGGUGGGAUUUCUGCUGGUCUUGGACUUUUAGGCAGAUAGACCACCAUUGCCAAGCGUGAGAAUUGCAUCAAUAUGUUUUCCACUAGUUGUUAAUAAAUUUCCUAAUAACUCAA